AUGAGUAAUCAUCAUCGUUCAACGACAACAACAACAACAACAACAGCAAAUGAUUUCAAUGAAACAAUGAAAAAAACUCCAUCGCCUCGUCGUCAAAUGACACGUUCAACAUCUAAUAUAAAUAAAGAAAUAUCAUCUGCUAUAAAUAAUAAUAAUAAUAAUAAUAAUAAUGAACAAUGUGUACAAGUUAUUAAACCGGUUGCUGUACGUCCACCAUCAUCAGAUUCAACACAAAAUCCAUAUAAUUUACGAUCACGUUCUAAAUUGAAAAACUCAAAUAAUAAUAAUAAUAAUAACAACAACAACAACACUGAAGUUAUCCCAUCGUUCACAGAAAAACUUUCAUUAGAUACACCAAUAAUACAACAAAAACCGGUGCCACCAUUAACUCGGGCUGCUGCUGCAUCAGCCGGUGUUAAAAUCGAUUCAUUCAUAUCGGAUGAAUCAAUUAGAACUAAUAACAAAUUAACAACAACUAUUUCAACUCGUUCGAGUACCACUCGAAAACGUAAAGCAAGCGAAGACGAUCAUCGACCAUAUUUAGAUUUACUUAAAAUGAAACAGACUCAGUCGACAUACAGCUUUGACGGCAAUUCACCAAAGAAGAUAACAAGACGCACUGAUCAAGAUUGUAUUGGAGUUGAUGAUGAAGAUAGCGGAUGCGAUUAUGAUUCUCCAGCUCAUUCUCCAGUCGACUUCACUGAUGUUCCUCCCGGUCAUGUAUUUCACUAUGAAGAAUCAAAUAUGUCGUACGAUUCAGGCUUUAGUACAGGCUCUGGUGAACCUAAUAAUCAACAAUAUUUAUCUCAAAGUCAAGCAAUGUCAUCAGGAUCUAACAGUAAUAUAACGACACGUAGUAAUACAUUGAAUUCACACAAAUAUCCUGCAGCUAUUGAUCUCGAUGUUAAUGCCAUUGAAGGAGACCUCGGUUUCUAG